AUGGCUAAACACGGCGCAGAAAACCUGGCCAGAAGAACUGUACCAAAAUACGGAAGUACAGCUGGGAAUACAAAGGCCACGACGGUGAAGUUUGUCCUGGUUGAACCCAGUGAUGCCAGCAUAGACGAGAGCAUCCAAAUGCUCUAUAGAAACGGAUAUCCGGAGCUUACCGAGUCAACGGAAGACUUUGCGGUACUAAAACAGAAAUCGAACUGGAAACUCAGAAACGACACCUUACCAACCCAAAAGGUCAUAAAGAUCAACCAAGGAGACUGCGAGGAGGACUUAUGGCACAAGCUAAAUAUGCUGAAAGAGGAAACGAAGGAAGACCGGUGGGUAGCUCUACAUCACUUAGAGAAAUGUAGCGUCGAAAGGCUCAGAAAGAUGGCUGAGGCAAUCUUCCACGGAGGUGACACUCAAGUCACAAUUUUUACAAACAGAAUGCAGAAAAAUGCACCCGCAUCCUCAUACAAGAUUGGACAAGAUUUGGAAGAACUUGCCUGCGCUGGCAUGCUAGCGGAGCUUGCGAGAACUGUGGAAGGUGUACUUACCCCCGAGCCCAAGCUAUGGGUUGGAGAAGUAGGUUGCUAUGCAGCAAAAUUUGAUAAACUGGGAUCUAAGGGAGUUGCUAAGCUAGCAUCUGUUUCAAAAAGUUUUUGUUUGGUCUGA